AGCUCGAAAAAGUCAAAAAUGAACGCACCAAGAUUCUUUAUCCUUUCUUGUCCACAUUUCUUUCAGACUUCUCCUUCAUCCUCUUCCCCUGUUUCUCAAGUACUUUUGAUGUUUAAUCUUGUUCUAACUCCAUGGAUGUCAGAUUCCAGCAUAGAAAGUUGAUGUCCAACACAGUCAUCAUUGUAACCUCAUCAAAUGCCUGCGCUAUAUCAUGUAAUAAUUCGUCCUGUUCCUCACCAAAUUGUUGGGAACCCCCGCCUUCCAAUGAUCUUCCCAGUGGACCCAAAAUGCUCCUCAUCUUAACCUUUACCGUUCUCGCCACCACUUUCCUUGCUCUCUGUUGCUACAUCGUCUAUGUGAAGUACUACUUGCGUGGUUCAAGAGGGGGAGCACCACCACAGACGACAGGGGUACGGUCAAUCCGUGAUGAUUUUGCUGAUGAAGAUCGGGGGUCCGUGCUUGAUCAUCCUAUAUGGUACAUCCGCACGGUGGGGUUGCAGCCGUCGGUGAUCAGUUCGAUUGCGGUGUUUAAGUAUAAGAAAGGCGAUGGGCUUGUGGAAGGAACAGAGUGCUCUGUUUGCCUGAGUGAGUUUCAGGAAGAUGAGAACUUGAGGCUUCUGCCGAAGUGUAACCAUGCUUUUCAUCUCCCCUGUAUUGAUACUUGGUUUAGAUCACACACCAACUGUCCCUUGUGUCGCGCUCCGAUUGUCUCGAACACGGCCGCAUCAUCGUUGCCGGAGGUGAAUGGUGAGGAAUCAAUUGCCGUAGAAGAAUCCCGGAUGGGGGUUUUGGAGGAAAGUGAGGUAUCCGAGGGAGAGCCGGUGGUUGAGAGCUCUGAGGUGAGGAUUGGAAUAGACGAGGAAGAGGAAACACCUGUUCAAGAUACAGAGCAGGGGAUUCAACCGAUGAGGAGAUCAGUUUCCUUGGAUUCAUUGGCAGCGUCGAAGAUCAGCCGGGCAAUCAGCAAUUCCGAGAAUCAAUCGGCAAAAUAUAAAGAAUCUAGAGUGGUGAUUGUUCCGAGAAGACUUGGAGGAAGCCGAGGGUUUCUAAGAUUUAUGGGAAGUUCUUCCUUUGGAAGGACUUUGCAAAGUGGCCCUGUUGUAAUGAAGAGGUCGUCUUCUUGCAAUGAGAAGUUCUCUUUGCCAAGAUGUGGGAAGAAUCGGAACACAGAUCUUCCUGUCCGAAGCUUUUGAUCUUGUCCAAGGUUUGUAAUUAGGAGUGAGACAUCUGAAAACUGCGUUGUUUUAGGAAGUUUCAACAAGAUGAGAGUUCUGUAUAGGAUGUUUUCUUUAAAAUGUACUUUAGAUAAAGCAAUAUCAAUUACAUUUACAACAAUCAAAGUUAAAUGAUGAU